GCUCUGAUCCAAUCACACAGAGUAGUACAUCGACCAUCACGCCACCCGAUCUCCCCCCAACCCACUAUCCCACCCACGUACACGGCCACGUGGCACUUCAUCACUCUCUCUCUCUCUCUCUCUCUCGCUUUUUCUCUGAUAUCCUCCACCCGCUAUGGAUGCCCUCCUUUACAGCCCAACCUCCAUGGCCAAGCGUCCCUGCCCCUCCCAAACCCCCAGGCCCCAACCUCCGCUCAACCAAAUGGACCACACGGACCACCUUCUAGAAGCCUUCCUAGCCCUCACCGAUUCUCCCUCUUCCAUCGACCUCUCCUUCGACCGCCUCCUCGACUCCCGGGCAUCCAGUGAUGUGGAUCAGACUCUGCUCAUCAACCGCGCCCUCCGGUUGGGCACCGCUCUCCUCGGCGCCGCCAACCGCUCUGCCCGAAAGCGCGCCUCCAAGCACAACUCCCUCGCUUGGGCCCUCCCUCCCGACCUCACCAUCAAAGUCUUUUCCAUGCUCGAUACGCAAAGCCUAUGCUAUGCAGCGGCCACAUGUUCUCUGUUCAACAAGUGUGCCAGGGAUCCUUCAUGCUAUGCUAACAUUGACUUGACAACAGUUGUCCCGAAAGUUAACAAUGCAGUUGUUUCCACAAUGAUCCACCGUGCUGGAAAAGCCCUUCGGUCUCUUAAGCUUGGUGUAGUUCCGGGCCCAACGGUUUCACCUGGAUCUUGUCAGCCGUUGGUUUAUACCAUCAGAAAUUCUGUGGAUGUAUCUAACUUUUCCUGGAAUGAUAAGAGAUCAAGACAAGGGAAGGAGUCAUUGACUCUUACUAGAUCCUGCUUGAGCCCUUUAGUUGCUGAUAAUGCUGCUCCAGGGUCUCUUUUGAGAAGAUUGCACCUUUACAAUAUUGAAAGAAUGGAUAACACAUCACUUUGUGGGGCAUUGUCGGCUUGUCCAUCUCUCCUUGAUCUGGAAAUUGUUGGCCUUCAUGUUGAAUUGAGGCAAACAUUGAUGUCAGUGAGUGCAAACUGUCACUUAAUAGAGCGACUGUUCUUUGAGUCUUCAAAAACAGGCAGGGAUGACAGUUUGAAAUCACCAACCUGCAUUGAUCUGGUAAACAAUUGUCCUCAUCUGACUUCAUUGGCGCUUAGAGGGUUUAAGCUCCAAGAUCAUAAAGUUCGCAUACUUGUUAAGGGAUUUCGGAAGCUAAGAUACAUUGAUUUUUCUACAUCAUACUCGAUCACCGGAGGCUUUUUAAGGAACCUUGGGAGCAGCGUGGGUGGGAAUCUGCUUGAGGUCUUGAUUUUACGGGACUGCAUGCAUCUCAAAGAGGUAGAGGUUGCGCGGUUUUUGACAGCAGUUCUUGCAGGGGAUUUUAAGUGCCUCAAACAUCUUGACAUAUCCAAUAAGGAAGGUUUAGCCUCAGAGGGUGACUGGUAUAACAGAUGCUACAACUCUAGAGUCAUUCCUAUAAAGCAGGUAUUGGCAGAAAGGCCUGAGAUGUGUUUGCUGGCCGAGUUUCCAACUGAAGGAAGCUUCGUUGAUAUUGAUCAAAUGAUUGACAGUAUGCAAGAUAUUGAGGUCUUUCUGCCAUCGCAGCUUAGCAGUCAUACAUCAGAUGCUUCAAUGUUUUUGAGUUCAUCCGAGAGCAGUUACAACAGUGAUCAAGGUAGUGGUAAUGAGGACGGGCGUGAUGCCAGUUACGUAAUUUAUGAGGAAAGCUCAGAUGAGGUGGACUUUCUGAUGCUGUAGGAGAAAUACCCAUUUAUGGCGACGAUUGAAAUUUGUGGCCACUCAAGGGACUGGAGAGGAGGCUUUUAUGGAGCGCAUGCUGAGGCGACGUUGACAAAUUCAUACAUGGACCGUGUGGGCCAUCUCAUCCUUGACUUUAUAGCAGUUCUUGGAUGAGGAUUUUCGAAUUUGCAAAAAUAGCAGGUUGGUUUAUGGUGCCCAUUUCCGGGUACUUUUUUUCUCCAAUUUACAAAGACUAGAAUGCCACCCGGAAGGCCUUUCUCCACCCCACUCCCACACCCCCACCACCUUUUUCUUUUAAUUUUAUCAUUUCCCCGGAAAUUUUCAUUUGUUGUCAAGCAUGCUUAUUAGUCAUGAGGGUACGUGUUGAUGCUUUCAGCUGUCUAUAUUUCAAUUGGUAUCAAGAGAGCCUUACAUGAUUUUUUAGUAAUUGUAACUAUUAUGAAAUGAUGGUUGAAUCUCUUGUAUAUUCAUUAGAUUGUUUACUACUUUAUAUUUCUUCCUCUAAUAUGAUAGUCAUAUGCUAAUACCAAUUUUAUCA